CUCAGCAGCAAAAGAAAAAUCAGUGUUAAACCUCUAGAAUUGAGAACUCAUCCAUGAUUUACAUCUUCCACUAGAACCCGUAAAGCUUAUGGGAGCUUGAAGAAAUUGGAAAACACAUUGUUCAAAUUCAACCAAAAAAAUCUGAUUUGAGAAAGAUGGAAGCAGAGAAAGGUACAGUAUGUGUGACAGGCGGUACGGGCUAUAUAGGAUCCUGGCUGAUAAUGAGACUUCUUGAACAAGGUUACUCGGUCACAACUACAGUCAGAUAUAACCCAGAGCCUAAGAAAGACCUUAGCUUCCUCACAAGUCUUCCCGGAGCAUUAGAAAGACUCAAAAUCUUCAAUGCUGAUCUAAGCGAUCCAGAAAGUUUUAGACCAGCCAUUGAAGGGUGCACCGGAGUCUUCCACGUUGCCACUCCGAUUGAUUUCGGGAAUCAAGAAUCAGAGGAAAUAGUGACCAAAAGGUCAGUACAUGGGGCAAUGGGGAUCUUACAAGCAUGCCUAGAUUCCAAAACGGUGAAGAAAGUUGUGUACACUUCUAGUGCCGCUACUGUGAUAGUCAAUGGCAAGCACUUGGAUGAAAUGGAUGAGAGUUUUUGGAGUGACAUUGACUAUGUUAAAUCUCUCAACUCAGAUGCAGCUUCCCACAUCAUCUCUAAGACCUUAACGGAAAAGGCAGUCCUUGGCUUUUCCGAAAAACAUGGUCUGGAAGUAGUCACAUUGAUUCUUUCUUUUGUCAUUGGCCCUUUCAUUUGUCCUAAGAUCCCCGCCUCUGUUCUAUCCGUAUUUGAAAUGGUCUUUGCGGACCCCAGUGAAUCUAGUUCUCUUAUCCGUUUAGAUUUGGUGCAUGUGGAUGAUGUUGCUAGAGCAAACAUUUUCCUCUUCGAAAAUCCCGAGGCAAAAGGGCGGUAUAAUUGCUCAGCAAAAGCUACACCAGUUGAAAGUACAUCCAAGUUGUUUUCUACCAAAUACUCAGAACUUCGAAUGCCUAGUAAAGGUUCGGAAGUGAAGCAGAGAAUCAAUUACCCGUCUCUCUCGAUGAAGAAGCUACUCGAUUUAGGUUUCCAAUUCAAGUAUGGAGCUGAAGAAAUGUUUGAUGAUACAAUCAAAUGCUGUAAAGAAAAGGCCCGCCUACAGUGAGUUUUUAUUUCUUUUAAGCCUCAUGGUUUAUCUGGACUUGUUACCAUCACAAAUACCUCUACUGUUGAUCAAAUUAAAGCUCUAAAGCCAUAUAUGGAGUUUUCAGCAUGAUUUUUAUGGCAUUUUCUUUCUUGGGCAUCUUGAGGCAAAGGGCAAUACAUAAUUAUCAAUAAUUAGUUGUGUAAGAAAACUUCAAAAAUGUGUCCAAUUACUUUUCCAUGUUGUUUAAA